AUGACAAAUAUAAAGGAAGCAAAAAAAAGAUUGUACAAUCUUGUAUAUGAUCCUCCAAGAAACGGUCCAACCUUGUGGGAAAUUGGCAUCCCUGAUUGGACUGCUGCUGAGUACUUUGUGCCUGAUCCAAACCCGACUCUUAUGAACCAACUAUACAUUAACCAUGGCGAAAAGUUUAGGCAGUACAGUUUAUGGGAUCGCUACACAGAACUGUAUCCUGAGCAAGAUUUAGUUUAUACAGUUGGUGUCAGCAACUAUCAGACAAAUUGGUAUUUUGCUCGAGUAAACAGGAAAACAGGAAAUAAAAAUUACAUUCCUACCACAUGGAAAAUUUUAUUUGAUCUCGAUGAUAUUGAUGAGCAAGGAAAUUACACACUUCAACUGGCAUUGGCAUCGGCUACUGAUGCUGAAUUGCAGGUCCGGACGAACGAUCCAAGUACAGAAACUCCUCAUUUUUCGACAGGUCUGAUAGGUAAAGACAAUUCAAUUGCUAGGCACGGCAUUCAUGAUUCUUACUGGUUACACACUAUUACUGUACCGGGAUCCCUACUUCUCACUGGAACAAACAUAAUUUUUCUAACUCAAUCAAGAGGUGAAACCCCUUGGAGGGGAAUCAUGUACGACUAUAUUCGUCUUGAAGGGUCAUCUGAAAGCAUUGAUAAGCUAAAGCAAAAACACAGAAAUGUAUCUGUUCCAGUUAGAAAGCCCUGA